UCACAAAGCCUCCUAGUUUCGCGACCCCCUGGCAGCCGUCGGCAGACCUGAAUUAAAAUCCACUUGCAUUACCAUAGUUUAUUUCUUUGUCACGGGACAGCGUAGUUGGAUAAGGUGACAUAAUCCAGAAGCGUCUUCAGCUACAAUGACAGAUCAAGUAAAGGAGCUCGUUUCAAAGUGCCUGCAGGCUCGGGACAAGGCUUACUGUCCAUACAGCCGCUUCCCUGUCGGUGCGGCCGUGUUGACAGCAGAUGGCGCCAUAAUCACAGGCUGCAAUGUGGAGAAUGCAUCUUACGGACUGACGGUGUGUGCCGAGCGGACUGCCAUCCAGAGAGCUGUGGUGGAGGGCCACACACAGUUCAGCGCCAUCGCUGUGACAUGUGACAUCAAAGACCGCUUUGUUGGACCAUGCGGAGCGUGCCGACAGGUCCUCAUGGAGGUGAGGAGGUGUCUCUAA